CUUCGGAUUUCAGCCACACAUCUCUGAUCACACAACUCUACUUUGUCGACCUACAUCGUUCAUCGGCCAACCACUCUCUCUCGCAGCAACUAGCAAUGGAGAUUACUGCGAUGGCUUCAGCUACUCCAAGACCUUCUCUUCCAACUCCUCCUUCCACUUCUCCUCAUACAGUCACCACCUUUUGCAAGCCUCAACUGAGACGCCCCAACAUAGCACUACCAACCUCAACCACCAUUUCACUUAUCGCUCUCUUCUCACCUCCCAACGAAGCCAAAGCCGCUGUAACCAUUGCCAAGGACCAAAUUGUCUCUUCCAUCACCCAAGUGGAGAAAACGCUCGAUCAGGUUGAGGAGGUGGGUUCGAAUGUUCUGGACACGGCUCAACGCGUUGCUGAAGUUAUAGGGAAUGCUUUGAAGCCUGCGUUGCCAAUUGUGCAGCAAGCUGGGGAAGAGGCCAUCAAAAUCGCUUCCCCAGCCAUCUCAGAGGCUUCUAAGAAGGCCCAAGAAGCACUUCAAAGCUCUGGUGUUGAUACCGAACCUGUUCUCACUGCUGCUAAGACAGUGGCAGAUGCUGCACAACAAACGACCAAGGUGAUUGAAGUUGCCAAGCCAAUAGCUUUAUCAACUGUAGAAACCAUAUCUUCUUCAGACCCUACUGUGAUUGCCGGAACAGCUGGAGCACUAUUUAUUGCAUACCUCUUGUUUCCUCCUAUCUGGUCCGCCAUCUCCUCUAGUCUUCGUGGUUACAAAGGAGACCUGACUCCUGCUCAAACCCUUGAUUUAAUAUCUACACAAAACUACCUUUUGAUUGAUAUUAGGUCAGAAAAGGAUAAGGACAAGGCUGGUAUCCCUCGCCUUCCCUCUAGUUCUAAAAGCAGAAUGGUUGCCAUACCAUUGGAAGAACUGCCAAGCAAGCUCAGAGGGAUGGUCAAGAAUGUAAAGAAAUUGGAAGCUGAAAUUGUAGCUUUGAAGAUUUCAUAUCUCAAGAAAAUCAACAAAGGCACCAAUGUUGUGAUCUUGGACUCAUACUCGGACGUAGCAAAAAAAGUUGGAAGAACACUAACCAGCCUUGGUUUUAAGAACACAUGGGUUGUUGUUGAUGGAUUUUCUGGAAACAAAGGGUGGUUACAGAGUAGAUUAGGAACAGAUUCAUAUAACUUUUCGUUCGCAGAAGUGCUGUCACCAUCCAGAGUCAUCCCUGCAGCUGUGAGAAGUUUAGGCACAACAAGCCAAUCUAGCCCCAAGCUUCUUCCUGGGGCUGACUAAUUACUAUUUUUGGUUUUUGCACUGAACUCGUGUGCAAAUAGAAAUCCCUUUUGUGUGUAUGCUUUAGUGUUGAGUCCUCCAAAUUAUUAUUUGAUUAUUUUCAUAUAAUUAUUUCAUCAAUGCCAACUAUAUUCAACCUUCUCCCUUUGUGCAUGUUUUGAGUUGCAAUGAUGAGGAGAAUGCCACAGUUGUAGUUGUUGCAUUAGAUGCAUUGGUCCAAGAAUGGAUAAUGUUCUCUCUGUUCUUAUGAAUGAAGAGGGGGAAGGAUUUGCAU